GGCUUUUUUCUUUUCACAGGAAAAAGAAAUUCUCCCUCAAGCAAGAAAAACUCCCAAAUCUGCCAAACUGUCUGGUGCUACAGCCAGCAAAGCUCUCAAUGCCAAGCCUGUUGAUGCUGAACCAGCUAAACCUGUACCCCCACCUCCUUUACCCACCCCUUCAUCUACUCUUCAGCCAACUACUGCAGCUGUGGCCCCAUCAUCCACAACGGCUGUCACUGCAGCACCAGCAUCAAUCUCAUCAACAACAACCACAUCAACCAAUACUGUCAUGGAAUCAACGCAAUUCAAUACAACACACGAUGCCAUAGAGCCAGCAAUUGUUCCCCCAUCACAACCAAUCAAGACAAAGAGAGGAGUAAAGCGGAAAGCUGAUACAACAACCCCUGUUGUGUCAUCCUCACCUUAUGAUCCUGUAUUUGAUCCAAGUCCCAAAGUAGAAAAACUGGUUUCUCCAAAGGUUACUCCUGCAAAGGUCUUGUCUGCAAAGGUCCUCCCAGCAAAGGUCCUCCCAGCAAAGGUUACUCCUGCAAGGAGAGAAAGCAAUAGGCAAAUAAAAAAACCGAAACGAGAUUUACCUUCAGAAGAGCCAGUAGGAGAACAGGUGAAUUUUAAUUUUAAGAUGGUUCUUACCAUCAGACAGAUAUCGGUGCACUUUUUUAUCAAAACAUGCUAUUGUCCACCAACACUGGUUUAGUGUUGGAAAAGUGAU